AGUGGGAAGUGGCCGAAGGAGGAAGUAGUAGGGGAAAGUGAGUGAGAACAGAGGCCGGAGAUGAAGGAGUGGAGCUCCUCGUGUGUUUUUGCUGACGGCACCUGACGUGGGGGACCGGCAUAGACAGAAAAUGUACCUGUUGCUAUUCUUUCCUCUCUUCUUCUGGUUCUCAGGCUUCUCUGCUGCCCAGAAAGAUAUCACUGGUCCCAAUGCAGUGAGUGGCCAGGAACGGGGCUCACUGACGGUGCAGUGUCGUUAUACCUCAAAGUGGAAGACUUCUCGGAAGUGGUGGUGUCGAGGAGCUGCCUGGAGUAGCUGCAAGAUCCAGAUUCAAACCGAUGGAUCAGAGAAGGAGCAGAAGAAGGAGCGUUUGUCCAUCAGGGAUUACCAGAAAGAGCUCAUGUUCAGGGUAACCUUGGAGGAUCUCAGGAGAGAUGAUGCUGAUAAUUACUGGUGUGGGAUUGAAAGAUUUGGAACUGACCCUGGGCUCAAAGUUAAAGUGACCGUUGUUCCAGCACCAACCACAGUGCCAACCACAGUCUCCACCACCACUACCACCACCACCAGCACCACCUCUGUCUCCACCAUGAACACGUUUACAGCACCAGUCACCGCGGAAGAGAACAUAAGCCUCCUGUCUCCGACCAUCUACCACUUCAGUGGCAGGUACGGCAUCACAAACCUCAGCAUCCUCCUCCCGCUCAUCUUUGCGGUGCUGCUGCUUCUCUUGGUGGUUGCCUCACUCCUGGCUUGGAGGAUGAGGAAGCAACAGAAGAAAGCUGCUGCACUGUCCUCCGAGCAGCCCGUGGAAGGUGACAUCUGCUAUGCAAACCUGUCUCUGCACCAGUCUGGAACCUUUCCCGGCUCCUCCCAGCAAAAGGCCUCCACCAAGUCCUCCUCUGCCCAGGCUGACCAGGGGGAAGUGGAAUAUGUCACCAUGGCUCCCUCUUGGAGACAGGAAAUUUCCUAUGCGUCUCUGUGUUUGGACAUCUUGAAUCAGGAGCCAACCUACAGCAACACUGGCCAUGCUCCUAGAAGGGGCUGCGAGGAUUCCACAGAAUACACCAGCAUCAGAAGGCCGUAGCCCCUGUUCGGCCUUUCUCUGGGACUUGCCCAAGGCCGUGGAGCAUGCUGCUGCUUGUCUGCUUUCUGCCCCUGUCCCCACCAGGACCAACUGGUGAUUGAAGUUCUGCCUGAUCAGCCAGGGUGGCCCCAACUCUGGCCUGUGUUUGGGGACCAGUCUCAGGGGACCUCAAGGAAUUAGGGUUCUUUCCACAUCCCCUCAUUUCCCACCUAGCUUGGGAGGGGCCUGAAGAUAUAGUCUGGGGCUGCAUGUGAAUAAUAAUGACAAUGAUGAGAAUAAUAGUAAUUACCCUUUAUUUAUUGCUUACCGUGUACAGCGGAGUGGAGAAUAGCCCGAAAGACAUCUACAUCCUGAUCUCCAGAAUCAGCGAAUGUACCACACAUGGCAAAAGACAAGGAGCACAUGUGAUUAAGUUAAGGAUUUUGAGAUGUGGAGAUUAUUCUGGAUUAUCCAGUGGGGACUGAAAUAUAAUCAUAGGGCUCCUUCUAAGAAGGAGGCAAGAAUAUCAAAAGGGGAGAUGACAAUGUGAUGCCAGAAGUGGAGGUUGGAGUGAUGUGGCCAGGAGCAAAGGAAUGCUGUAGCCUGCAGAGGUUGAGGGAGGCAAGGGACAGAUUAUUUCCCUGAGCCUCCAAGAAGAACCACCCCUGCCAACACCUUGGCUUGAGCUCAGUGGAGCUGACUUUGUCAUUCUGGCCGCCAGAAGUAUAGGAGAAUAAAUCUGUAUUGUUUUUAAUUAGAUCACUAAA